AUGGCAAGACGUCUUAGCAAUGCAAUCGUUAAUCGUUUGACAGAAAAUUGCGACGAUUUUAUUUGUCAUCCAUUCGCCAAUUAUGCUGUGCAACGUAUACUAAAAUGUGGCUUCUACCCUCAGGCUUGCGAUUACAUCAUCGAACAGGCAAUCCUACGCAAUGUACUGCUGUUGGCGCAGGAUAAAUUUGGGUCGUAUAGCGUUCAGGCGGCACUGUCCCAUGCUUCGCCGGCAUUGCUUAACUCCCUGGUAACAGAGAUUAUUGAUGGCUACGAAAGUGACAAUAGGGGACGUGAUGCGCUCGAUGUGAUGCUUUUCAAUCAGUAUGGUAAUUAUGUUGUGCAAACACUGAUCAAUGUGUCGAUGGAUGUACUUGCGGAUCGAAGACCUGGCCAACAAUCAUGGUUCACGCAUGUCGUGGAUCAUGUUGUGAAACAUGCAUCAGAUUUGAGGAAGUAUACGUUCGGUAAAAAAAUUCUCCAGAAACUCAGCGAGUGUGGUGUUGAAUUUGAAAUACCGCUUUUCUAA